CUGGAUGAGUACCAGAGACCCAGAGUGCUGCCCUGUCUCCACGUCUUCUGCGAGGCCUGUCUGGAGAAACUGGUGGGGACACAGCUGAGCGCCCCGUGCCCCAACUGCCGCAAGCCCGUCCGUCUCCCCGAAGGGGGCGUGUCAAGCCUCCCCUCCGCCUUCUACAUCCAGCACCUUAUCGAGGUGAGGGAGGUCUUGGAGAAGGUGCGUGACCCGGAGAAGAUGCAGUGCGACAAGUGUGGGGAGGGAGAGGUGCAGGGUUUCUGCCAAGACUGUGGCCAGUUCAUUUGCCAGCCCUGUCUUGACGUGCACAGCCGAUGGAGAGAGUUCAAGACUCACGAUAUUUCUGAUAUAGACGAGGUCAAAGAAACAGCCUUGAAAUUGGUGACUCUCAAGAAAUGUAGCAUGUUGUGCCCCAGGCACCCGGCUGAGCGUAUCAGGAUUUACUGUGAGACAUGCGACGAGUUGUUGUGCCAUGACUGUGCCCUCAAGACCCAUCGCGACCACAACUAUGACCACAUCCAAGAUGUCUUUCCCAAGCACAGAGAUGCCAUCCUUGCUUGCCUCGGUCCCGUCAAAUCUGAACUUGCUAGUGUAGGGAGCACCAUUGCAGGGCUGAAGGCAAGGUCCAGCAGGCUAGACGGACAGGGUUUAAAGGCCAAGGCAAAGGUAGAUGCUGCAGUAGACAAGCUCCAGGCCUUCCUAGAGGCUCGCAGGAGGGAGCUUCACUCACAGAUCGAUGGUAAGGUGUGUCAGGGGAAGAAAGAGCUGGCGGCCCGGCUUGACGGACACGAGUUGAGGCAGGCCCAGCUGAGGAGCUGUGUGGAGUUUGUGGAGGGGAGUCUGCAGAGUGGCACACAAGAGGAGGUGCUGUCGAUGAAGAGACAAGUGGAGGAGAGGGCACGGGAACUUGCAGAUGAGCUCAGACAUCAAAAACUCGAGUUAGGUCCAGAGAAAGCGAUUUGUGUAGUCUGCGCAGAUCUUAGUUCAGCAUUUGAGAAACUAGGACAAGUGCAACUUGCAUCGAAAUUCGAAGGUACUCAUCUAAAGACAAUCAGCGGAGUCAAUCGUCCUAGCCACACUGCCUUUGCCACAAGCGGGGAGAUAGUUGUGUGUGAGUGGAAUGCAAACCGUGUGAGUGUCUUUGGCAGGGACCACACCCACUUGAGGUCGUUUGGCAGGAAGGGGUCAAAGGAAAGUCGACUCGAGGAACCACUGGGAGUAGCAAUCUCACCUGAUAAUACCGUCUUUGUAGCAGCCUGCCAUUGUGUACAGAAAUUCACUCUGGAUGGCGAGCUCAUAGCGUCUGUGGGCUCAGAGGGCAGUGGACCGCUGCAUUUCCACACUCCGUUUGCUAUAGCCCACAGCGAAACCAAUAGCAGAGUCUACGUCUGUGACACAGUCAACAAUCGCGUCACAAUUCUCAACAGCGACCUGUCUCUUUAUGGCAGCUUUGGAAGUAAGGGUCGCGAAGCCGGUGAAUUCAACAUGCCUCAGGGGAUAGCUGUUGAUAGAAAGGGGAACGUACUCGUAGCCGACCAUCUCAACAACAGAGUUCAGAUAUUUGAUGCUAGUGGGUGUUACCACUCGUCCAUAGCUCAUACAGAGCCAGACCAGAAGCUGCAGGGGCCAAUCAGCGUGGCUGUUGGACCUGACGACUGGGUGUAUGUGGUAGAGAACUACUCCAAUCGUGUGUCGCUGUUUGAUGAGUGCUACAAGUACAUCAGGUCGUUUGGCAAGAAGGGGAAGAAUGAUGGAGAGUUUGACGAUCCAUAUGCAGUUGCUGUCAGUCCUGAGGGUCGUGUGUAUGUUAGUGACACGAACAAUGAUCGAAUUCAGGUCUUCAAAUGA